AUGGCAAAUUGGUUCAAAAAAUUUACACAGGGGUACAAAGCGUACCCCUGUGUACAUUGUAUAAACAAAGAGUGUUUAAAGCUGUUUGGACCAUCUUUCCUUCGCUCCCUCAUCAACUCAUUCAGAAAUGGAUCAGUAGUUGUCAACUCGACCCUUGUGUUUGCAAAUCUAAGCUCAGUUCCUCCACCAAGCAUUGCAACUUCAAAACUCAGGAUUGCACUCAACUCUACGUCCCUGGACAUAAUAGAAGACAGCAUUAAUAUAACUGCCCUGACAGCAACUCCUAAUGCUACAGCUUCUCCUACCACUGCCCUGACAGCGGCUCCCAGCAUUACAGCGGCUUCAACUGCAGGUCCACAUGUAACAGCUGCCCCUACUGCAGCUCCCACUGUUACUUCAACUGCUGCUCCUACAUCUCCUUCCACCACUACAGCAACUACCACCACCACUGCAUCAACAAAUCCUCCUACCUUCAGCGAGGGAACCCUUGGCCUUACGUUUCGUCUUAACCAAGAAUUUACAUCAGAUCUCUCCAACCCAUCAUCAACAGCGUUCCAGACUUUAGCUGCAUCAGUUGUCAGAGCGGUAAACAGAGUGUGUGGAGAGCUGUUUGGAUCAUUUUUCCGUCGCUCCAUCGUCAACUCAUUCAGGAGUGGAUCAGUGGUAGUCAACAUGACCCUUGUGUUCACAGAUAAAAACACUGUUCCGUCAGCAAGCACUGCAACUUCACAACUCAGUAGUGCACUUACGAGCACCUCUACGUCCCUGAACAUUAUACCGGGCAGCGUGUCUGUGGAGUCAACAUCAACAUCAAGCAGUUCUCUUCGUCCCACAGUGGGCUCAUUGGCAGUCUUUUCCCUAACACUGCUGGCUGUGGCACAGAUACUGAUAGACUUAUAGCCUGCAGGCCAAAAGCUUUUAUCAGCUUUAUCAGCAGAAAAAAGCUGUGUACCAACAAACCAAAAACAAAAGACAUAACAAGUGUGCAUUAUGAAAUUUACCAAUAUUAUGACAUGUAGUAAAAAGAUGUGGAUUUUGUGCCAAAAUUGAGAGUUUCUCAGUAUUCUCAACAUUUGAUUUUGGUACUUCACUUCCAUUUUAUUUAAAGAACUAAUCAUUAAAAUUACAUGAUCAAAAACAGUAUAUUUUAUAUGUUUUGGGCAUUUGUGUAGCAGUUGCCAUUCAAUGUAUUUGUUUUGUGAAUGCCUCUUUAUAUGCUAUGUUUCAUGUGGCAUUGUUAACAUUUAAAAAAGUGCAAAUACAUGCUGUAGA